GAGCAAGAUCAACCGGACAGGAUUUGAUCUCAUGACCGCCAUGGACUGGGAUUUGACCUCGUAUCGUACCGUGUCAAGUAGGCCUAAUAUACUCGUAACAGGAUCACAUCAACAGCAAACCGAAAUCAGCGCCUCUAGUGUAAAGUGUCAGUUUUGAGAAAUCAUUCAAUUCAAAAUUCACGGCAAAAAUAAAAUUUCCAUUGGCGCCCAAUCGGAUUUGGACACAAAACGCUCAAGAAGGCAUGACAGUGAAAUGGUGGUUCUGAAUUGUCCUAAUAGGUAACCGGUGUGUAGCCACUAUUUCCCAGAAAUGCAUCCUCUUGCAAUGAAACAGGGCCUACAGCAUGUAAGCCCUAUCCUCCUCAAGCAUUUUUCGGAGAAUGUAUGUAUCGAGUGAAAUGGGCAUCUUUUAACCGUACCAAUCUGCCACCAGCAGACGCGACGCGUGGCUUGUUAUCGAUCCAUGGGGGAUGCUAUACUUUAUAUAACUGCUGUAGCCGCCAUGACUGCAGCCAGCGCUGUAUGACCAUACACAGCUGAUACAGCUGAUGAUGUGUGCAUGGAGCCACAUGCUUAGGUGAUUCUAGCAGAGGUACCGGUAAUUGAUGUUCGGGUGAGUAACCAGCCUAGUAUCUGGACAUGUUGAUGUGUGCGAAGUUCGGCAUGUGAACACAAAUCUGAUAUGCAGGUUGAGCUUCAAUAUUUACUACGAUCCGGAUGGGUAAACACUCAUUGAUAGGUCUGUGGUACACUUCGACCUGCCUGCACGACGGUUAAUGUACUAAAGUUAGUACCCCGGCAUGUUGAUAAUGAAAGAUCAAGAUGAAGACCCCUCACCACAUCAAAGAGUCGCUGGUGGUCUUUAUCUUAUGGGCAGUGGUGACGUACAUACUGUGUGUAUACUGGAGUAGACAGCGACCUGUCAUCGUGAUCAUCAAUGAAAGUUUUUAUAUAAAGUCGGGGUUCAAGCACCAGCCACGGGCGCAGUCAAAAGCUAGCGAGGCCGAGCCGUGGCGGCAUGGAGCUUCAACAAAAGAAGAGAAAAGUGUUCACCCGUUUCCCUUCUUCGAGGAAAACGUGACGGACUGCCAUCGAUCAGCGAUUGGAGUAAACAAGCCACGUGGUACCAACGGCAAGGGUGUGGGGUAUGGGCGCCAGUGGCCGUUGAUGCGAUGCAGUGGUCACACGAGUGUAACGGAGACCUUGUGCAAAGUCCUCGCAAUGCAACUCCAGGAGUGCGAACGUCAGCAGCUGCUUCAAAUUGUGGACGCCUUUCAACAGUUUGCGAAAUCGAAACAGUUGGUGUAUUUCAUGGGGAAGAAAAUGUUAUUAGGAUCUUGGCGCCAUCACGGUCUCAUCCCGUAUGAACGAGAUUUGACGAUAUUUGUUAGCAGUAAAAACAAAAUGGACGUUAUCAAACAUUUCUCUGGAUUAAAUGCUCUCAAGAUGAAAAACCUUGACACGAGCUCACUAAGACUUUCCCCGAAAUCACCUAUUCGUCUCCACAACACAACAUAUGUAGACAUUCUGUUUUUCGAAGAAAAUGGAACACAUGUUUUUCAUAUGUCAUCAAAUGAUACCUCGUACCUCAUAAAGAAAACCCUUGUCUUCCCAACUCACAUGAGGCCUUUUGGUCCUUUUGACCUUUCAGCUCCCAAAUCGUCUGCUGUGAUUCUGUUCGAAUUAUUUGGUGAUGCUGACAUGUGUGGAAGCUAUAGUGCCAAAGUGCCGUGCUCGGAUCUUAAAGGUUAUGUCGCAUUCGUUUUCCGACGCGUAGCGGAGUUCAUGGGGCCAAUCGAAGAGAGGCUGGGCUGGGGUAAUCUUAGUUUACAGUUUGAAUUUCCGAGAGAAGACAUUCACUCUGUUUCAGUCAACCCUUUCACAUUGAAAUUGCCGAAACAUAGCAAUUGAAACUGAUCUAGAUUCAAAGUGUGUGUAUGUAUCAAAUCGAACGCGAUAGCAUAUUUCCUUAAGGCUGUCCUUAGGAAAUGAGAUGAGAGUACGAAUCUUGACCAAAAAUGCUGUGUCGGCGUGGUUUAGCCGGUUGUUGGGUGUCUCUUUCACUUAAGCCUUUUUUACACUGUAUUGCAUGUAAUAUAGGUCUUAUGUACCCGCCAAUCAGCUAUAGCUGUAAUUAGCGUCUAGAUAGUAUCUUUGAAACACCGUGAAUAUGCAUUAUGGUGGGUCGGGAGGCUACAGGUAAGAGCCGCGUUGGUCGGAUUAUGAUAGACGAUUCAUUGGAUUGGGAGCGACAUUAUCACUAUCAGGUACCAGACUUGAAACCUUGAGCACCCCGCAAAAGAGAGAUUUGUGUCUCCUCGACGAGCAGUGGUCCCCAGCCUGAACAGACGCAGACGGGAUAUGCGUAGUGCUCACUAUUGCUUUGUUUGUAUUAGGACCGAUGACCAGGAGAGGUAUUCCUUCCUCGCUGAACAUUUCCCUCUUCCAAGGACAACGAGCACAUCUAUGUCAUUCUCUGAUACAUGUACAUAUUGUCACGGUUACCGGUAAUUCUGAUGCCGUACGAUACUCAAAGGGGCAUUGAAUAUUGACUUAUACGAUUUCUCAGUGCACGGUGCCAACAUGUAAAACUGUUACCCGUAUUACAGUGCCUGGGUUUUGUAAAAAAGUUUACGUUCCAGCAUUUUGUUCGAGUAUAGUUUUUGAGUUGUUUUCACCAUGUUUACUCCGAUCUUUAUCAGAAACAACAAAAUAUUGUUUAUCAUUCAGGAUGUUUAUCAUUUUUGUCUGACACUUCUUGUGUGUGUUUUUCCGAGUAACGGCGUUGUGUAUGUCAAUGAACAAAAGAAACCCAGCUAACUACUUUUACAAAUAAACCGUACUGUACCACAUGUCUCUCAAUAUCAACAACAUGUUUUGAUGAGCAGCAAUCUCGAUCUAUAGUUUUGUUUGUGGAGGCGACAAACGCCCUUGAAUUUUUGCUUGUCUCAACAUAAUAAAACACCACAGACACUUGGUUGUUUUUGUUUUGUUGCUAAAAACCAACAAGAUUCGUUGGUAAAUAAAUUCGGUACAUACUGAUCAGAAAAUCCAUUUGAUUCAAUGGGGGUGUCAACCGGAUUGAGACAUUUGCGGGUGAUACAUUUAACAAGACUGCACAACAUUUUAGGCGAGAAAAUGAAGCAGGUUCUGUCGGAUGAAAUGGUGGACUGCAGGCAAAGUUUAUAGAGAUUUUGUUCGAUUCUGCCCAACGGUUCUGUCAACUGAGCGGGAGAUGCAACCAGGCUGCCCUGCAUCGUCAUCAUUAACAUCCAUGUAGCUAAGAGUCGACGGCGAACUAUGACGUACAAAUACGUCUAUGGAUCUCCAUCCCCGGGGAAGGGUUUUUCCUACCAGCACUUCACUGCCUACAGUGUCACCCUUGAACAACCAGGAUCGGAGUUUGGAGUCAAAUCUCUACUCCAUUGUGUAGUGAUUUGUGCCGUUUUGGUGAAAUGUAAAGUGGCGCGAUUUUUUGCCCCGACCUUUACGUGCCGAGUGCAAAUCUUAAAAUAUUACUGCAUCGCAAAGUUCCGGAGGUCGCAUCAACCCAAUUUGUUUAUGAAAGAUUACACAGGCAGAGAAUCCUACACCAAGGCGAGGUUGGUAAUCGGAGGAGCUGCCCUGAAGCUGCCGAAACCUGGCGACGAACUGACAGUUGCCGAGGCUUUCUAUUUCCUCGAUAGUCAACGUGCCAUGAUUGUUUAUCACACCAACUCGACAGUUAUUGGUUUGGUUUUCAAACUGCUUUGCAGCCAAACGAAGAAAAAGUAUGUUCAUAUAAAAACUGUCAAGAGUGAUAAAUAUGCAGGAAAUGGAAUUCUUAAGUUUGUGAAAAGUCCGCCCUUGAUUGGAAAAUGGGGAGCUGAUGCUGUUUUUAUUACUAUUGGGGUCGUGGGGAAAAGGCGUAGGUGGUCUUUUAUCUACGUCUCAGGAAAGGAACAUUUGGGCAACGUACAAAAGGAGCAUGAUCAGUAUUUUUCGACCGUUAAAAAGCUGUUAUUUACCCCAGCCAAAAAUGGGGCAUACUGUUGUCAAAUGAUGACCUCGCAAUCGGGUAGAUCAGUUAGCCUCAUCUUUGAAAUAGCUUAUUAUGACGUUAUUAUACGCCUGCUGGGAAAUGGCGAAUCAGUUUUGUUCGUGAAGCACAGACAACUUGCGAUCAGACCUCUGUCCGAGUCUGAAUCAUAUUGCUCAAACAUGUUCAUACACGAAGGCACCGCGAUCAUUAUUGGGCUACAUCGCUAUUACAGGAAAUUACAAAUAAUUCGAUACUGGCCGAAUGGUCGUAUCUUUUCUGAUUUACUACUGGAACGGCCCGGACGCCUGUAUGGGUCGCUUUGGACAGUACUGGACGAGACGCGACAACGAGUCGUGGUCGUAUCGGCAUUAGGUGUAAUCCUCGAGAUGUGGUGGUCUGAAGGCCAAAUCAAAUUUGCCGAGUUUCGUUGUCGUCUUCAGAAAAGACAAUUAACAAGAAAAAGACUUAGCUUUUUCAUUGACGAGGAUGCUUGGUUGUUAUGGUGGUCAUUGGGCGACCAGCAGAGUUUCCAGGCUUACCUUCCCGUGUAGCGGGCGGGGUCAGAGGGGCCCCUUUACAAUCAUUAGGGAUAAACUGUGGCUAUUGAGACAGAGUUGAAAGAGGAAACUGAACGACUGGAGAGAAGUACAAUAUGAACAGCUUUUAUACCACCCCUAUAGAACGGGAUUACUGACGGAGGUCCUAACUUCACUCUCGUAUCGAAAUGGAAGAAAGCACUGAUUUAUAUAUAGUAUUAUGAAGUUUGGCAUUUACGUCCUUCAUCUGUAAUCAAGACCUGUCGGUACAACGUGAUAUCCAUACCGUAUAUCGACAUGGCCGUCUCCGAUCCCCUAUCCCCAAAGCAGCAAUAUGGCCCGUAAAAAUGAUCAAUGUUUGCUGAAUGAACUGCCAAUAAAGGUAUUCCCGUGUGAUGAUGAGGUAGACAUUGGCUAUGAGUUUUAUGAGAUGUUCCGCGCAUUUCGGGCGACGAUCGUGCCAGCGUAAUAUGAUGAUGCACUGGGGUAUUGCCCUGCACGGUACACGCUCGUUUAAAGCGCCAACGGGCGACUUUUGUCUACAAAAUGAUCUCGUUUCAGUGCCCGUAAAAUCCGUAAUCGCUGUAUUUAAUAUUGAUUGCAGGGUUGCUGUGGUCACCGCUUCUGGUCGCAGGCACCUCCGUUAACCACCGCGAACGAGCGAUUUCUUUCGUAUAAGAUUGUGGUCGCGCAGCGAUUUAAUCGCUCGUUUGCGGGACGCUUUAGUUAUACUGACUAAGAGGAUCCAAGUCUUGCCAACACAAAACCCGUCC